AUGGAAAAGAAUGGUUAUAAUGAAGCAAUAAAAUAUUAUAAUACAGCAAUGGAUUACUACAAGUGCGCAAAUGCUACAAAUCAUCCAUAUAUGGCUUCUUUGUAUCAUGGUAAUGCUCGUAUUUGCUGUGCUCAAAAGCAAUACACAGAAGCAUUGAACUAUUAUCAACGUUCAUUGGUUAUUCAACAGGAGCAUUUACCUUCAAAUCAUCCAGAUAUGGCUAUAAAUCUUAUUGGUAUAGGUGAUGUUUAUCGUAAUGUUGGCAAGUAUCAGCUUGCCAUGGACAAUUACAAGACAUCACUCGAUAUUAGAAUGAAAUCAUUACCUCCUCAACAUCAAGACAUUGCUUCGAAUGUUAGAAGCAUUGGUCUAUUAUAUGAGACAAUGAAUAAUUUGAAAGAAGCAUUAGAAUAUUAUAAAAAAGCAGCGAGUAUCUAUCGUCAAUCAUUGUCGUCUGAAAAUUCGAAUGUAGUUGAAAUUCAAAAAGACAUGCAACGUAUCAUGUCAAAACUGAAAUAA